AGAUACGCGAAAACACACAUGGCUCAAUUAUUUUCAAUGCUCUAUAUGAGCUCAAAAGUUCCUAUGUCAAACGUGUCGGAAAUUCUUUCCAAUUUCUUCACGAUUUUAUUAUGGAGAUAACUACUCUGGUGUUUGGUGUUGAUUGUCCAAAAGAGACAAUACUGUACGCAGACAGUGGUUUUCUGAGACGUCGGAUGAGAAUAAAAGACGACACAGAAGAAGAAGAUCGCGAUCCCUUCACUGUUUACCUUCCUGAAGAGUACAUUGAUGAUCUUGUAGACAGGUUUAUCAUUGACAUGCAAACAGAACACAUUGUAGAUGUUCUACUCAAUCCAUGUUUAAGGAAAGAGAGUGUGAUAAAAUCUUUUAAGGAAAAGGCAGAUAUUCUAGGAACGCUUCUUGGAAAAGUUAAAUAUGAAAUAGACAAGUCUGAAUUUGCUAAAUCAUUUCAGGUCUCUGUUUUCACCAGGCUAACUUUCUUUGCCUUUCACGAUGAAAGAUGUCCUUUAAUGGGACUUAUCUUAUUUUGCCAUAAUGAUAUUUCAACAUUUCUCUUAAAAAAUAUCCCAGAAGCGAAGUUGAAGGAAUAUUCUUUAUUUUAUGCACUUUGUGCGAAUGGUGAUUUAAGCCUAAUAAAUUAUCUUCAAAAUGAAUAUAAAAAACCAGCAAUGAUGGGAAUUUGGAGUGAUUUUUCACCAAUUCACAUUGCCUCUGUAUUUCAUAACUUUACAGUGAUUCAUGAACUAGUUAAGCUUGGAGCUGAUGUAAACGAAUUUACAACUGCAAAUAAGUGGUGUCCAUUAUUAUUGGCUGCCGGAAAUGAAGAGGAACACUUAAAGGAGGCUGGAAUGGAUACAGAAGAUGCGGAAAGACGUAAUUCAACUAUUCGUUGCUUAUUAAACAAUGAUGCCAAUAUCAAUUCAUGUGACAGUAAUGGGGUUACCUCUCUUAUUUUAGCCUGUCAAAAUGGAUAUUACAGUACCGUACAACUGUUACUGGAGAACGGUGCAGACAUAAAUUUAUGUGAGAAGAAUGGAGCAAGUCCAUUUUAUAUAGCUUCUCAAAAUGGACAUUAUAGCACGGUGCAACUGUUACUGGAAAGCGGUGCUGACAUCAAUUUAUUGGAAAAGAAUGGAACCAGUCCUCUUGAUAUAAUUUGUAAAAAUGGACAUGCUAAAACUUUACAACUAUUACUAAACAACGGUGCCGAUAUCAAUGUUUUGAAAAAGAAUAAAGACAGUCCUCUUUUUAUAGCUUGUCAAAAUGGACAUGACAGCACUGUACAGACGUUAUUGCACAACGGUGCCGACGUCAAUUUAUGUAACAAAGUUAAAAAGAGUCCUCUUUAUAUAGCUUGUGCAAAUGGACAUGACAGCGUUGUACAAAUAUUACUAGACAACGGUGCCGAGAUCAAUUUAUGUGAGAAAGUUGGUGCUAAUCCUCUUCAUAUAGCUUGUGCAAAUGGACAUUAUAGCACGGUUCAAUUGUUACUUAAUAAUGAUGCCGACAUCAAUUUAUGUAACAAGUUUGGAGAGAGUCCACUUUACAUAGCUUGUCAAAAUGGACUUGAAAACAUAGUACAAGUGCUAAUUAACAACACUGUCGAUGUCAAUUCUUGUGAUAAUAAUGGAAAUAGUCCUCUUCAUAUACUUUGUUUAAAUGGAAUUGAAAGCAUAAUACAACUGUUAAUUAAUAACAGUGCAGACAGCAACUCGUGUAACAACAAUGGAGUCAGCCCUCUAUACACAGCUUGUUAUGAAGGACAUGAUAUCAUACUACAACUCUUACUGAACAACGGUGCCGACAUCAAUUUAUGUGAUAAUGAUGGAAUCAGUCCUCUAUUUAUAGCUUGUGAAAAUGGACAUGAUAGCGCGGUACAACUUUUACUUAACAAUGGUGCCGACAUAAAUUUAUGUAAGAAGAAUGGCGUCAGUCCUCUUUACACAGCUUGUUCUAAUGGACAUGAUAGCACAGUACAACUGUUGCUGAACAAUCAUGCCGACCUAAAUUUAUCUAACAAGUAUGGAGCCAGUCCUCUUUAUACAGCUUGUCAAAAUGGACAUAAUAGCACGGUACAAUUGUUACUGAACAACGGUGCCGAAAUCAAUUUAUGUGAUAAUGAUGGAGCCAGUCCUUUUUAUAUCGCUUGUCUAAAUAAACACGACAGCACGUUAAAAUUGUUGCUGAACAACGGUGCUGACAUCAAUUUAUGUGAUAAUAAUGGAAACAGUCCUCUUUAUAUAGCUAGUAAAAAUGGCCAUCAUAGAACGGCACAACUUUUGCUGAAAAAGAAUGCCGACAUCGAUUUAUAUAACAGGAUCGGAGAAACUCCUCUUUUGAUAGCUUGUUCAAAUGGACAUGAAGAAACGGUACAGUUGUUGCUUAACAAUCAUGCCGACGUCAAUUUAUGUAACACGUAUGGAGCCAGUCCUCUUUAUAUAGCUUGUCAAAAUGGACAUAGAAGCACUUUUCAACUGUUACUAAACAACGGUGCCGACAUCAAUCUAUGUGAUAAUGAUGGAACUAGUCCUCUUCAUAUAGCUUGUGCAAAUGAACAUAUUAACAUGGUACAACUUUUACUGGACACAGGAGCCGACAUCAACCUAUGUAACAACGAUGGAAAAAGUCCUCUUUAUAUGACUUGUGAAAAUGGACUUGAAGAAGAGACAGAACAUAAAGUGAUUCAUUGCAAUGAUGCAGACAUCUAUAUAUAUGAUUAUUAUGAUGAUGAUGACAGUUCUUUUAAUGAGGCUUAUGACGGAAUUUAUAGCAUGAUACAACAAUUACUCAAUAACGGUGCGAACAUAAACUUAUGUGAUAAUGAAGGAAAUAGUCCUCUUUUGAUAGCUUGCCGAGAGGGAUAUGAUAGAUCAUUACAAAUUUUACUGUACAACAGUGUUGACAUCAAUUUAUGUAACAACGAUGGAGCAAGUCCUCUUUAUAUAGCUUGUCAAAAUGGAAAUGAUGGCACGGUACAACUGUUACUGAACAACGGUGCCGACAUCAAUUCAUGUGAUAAUUAUGGAUUCAGUCCUCUAAGUAUAGCUUGUGCAAAUGGACAUGAUAGUACUGUGCUAUUGUUAUUUAACAAUGGUGCUAAGUUCAAUUUAUAUACAAAUGAGGGAGCAAGUCCUUUUUAUAUAGCUUGUCAAUAUGGACAUAAUAGUACGGUACAAUUGUUACUGAACAACGGAGCCGACAUCAAUUCAUGUGAUAAUUAUGGAUUCAGUCCUCUUAGUAUAGCGUGUGUUAAUGGACAUGUUAGUACUGUGCAAUUCUUACUGGAAAAUGGUGCCGAUAUCAAUUUAUGUAACAAGAAUGGAGCCAGUCCUCUUUAUAUAGCUUGUCAAAAUGGAAAUGAUAGCACGGUACAACUGUUACUGAACAACGGUGCCGACAUCAAUUUAUGCAACAAAAAUGGAACCAGUCCUCUUUUGAUAAGCUGUGUAAAUGGCCAUAAUAGCACAGUACAACUGUUGCUAAAGAACGAUGCCGACAUAAAUUUAUGUGAAAAUGAGGGAUUCAGUCCAUUUUUUGUGGCCUGUCAAGAGGGACAUGAUAGCAUUGUGCAGCAGUUAUUGAAGAAGGGUGCUGACAUGAACUUAUGUAACAAUAACUGUUUCAGUCCUCUUCAUAUAGCGUGUGUAAAUGGACAUGUUAGUACUGUGCAAUUCUUACUGGAAAAUGGUGCCGAUAUCAAUUUAUGUAACAAGAAUGGAGCCAGUCCUCUUUAUAUAGCUUGUCAAAAUGGAAAUGAUAGCACGGUACAACUAUUACUAAACAGCGGUGCCGACAUCAAUUUGUGCAACAAAAAUGGAACCAGUCCUCUUUUGAUAAGCUGUGUAAAUGGCCAUAAUAGCACAGUACAACUGUUACUGAAGAACGAUGCCGACAUCAAUUUAUGUGAAAAUGAGGGAUUCAGUCCAUUUUUUGUAGCUUGUCAAGAGGGACAUGAUAGCAUUGGGCAACAGUUAUUGAAGAAGGGUGUUGACAUCAACUUAUGUAACAAGAACUUUUUCAGUCCUCUUCAUGUAGCUUGUUCAAACGGACAUGAUAGUACUGUGCAAUUGUUACUGGACAAUAAUGCCGACAUCAAUUUAUAUGAUGAUAAUGGAGCUAAUCCUCUUUACAUAGCUUGUCAAAAUGGACACAAUAACAUAGUACAAUUCUUAUUGAACAACGGUGCCGACAUUAAUUUAUGUGAUAAUGAUGGAUCCAGUCCUCUUUUUAUAGCUUGUCAAAAUGGACAUGAUAGCACGGUACAACUGUUACUAAACAACGGUGCAGACAUCAAUUUAUGUGAUGACGAGGGAUCCAGUCCUCUAAAUAUAGCUGGCAUAAAUGGACAGGAUAGUACUGUACAAAUGUUAAUGAAAUACGGUGCUGAAAUCAAUUUAUGUAACAAGGAUGGUGCUAGUCCUCUUUAUAAAGCUUGUAAAUAUGGACAUAAUAGCACAGUGCAACUGUUGCUUAACAACGGUGCCGACAUCAAUUUAUGUAAAAAUAAUGGAAUCAGUCCUCUUUCAAUAGGUUGUGAAAAUGGAAAUCACAGCACGGUACAAAUGCUACUAAGAAAUGAUGCUAACAUCAAUUUAUGUGAUGAUGAGAGAAUCAGUCCUCUUGAUGUAGCUUGUCGAAAUGGACAUGAGAACACAGUACAACUGUUACUGAGCAACGGUGCCGACAUCAAUUUAUGUGAUAAUGAAGGAUCCAGUCCAUUAUAUUCAGCUUGUUAUAAUGGACAUGAUAACAUAGUACAGCUGUUACUUAGGAACGGAGCCGACAUCAAUUUACCUUCAAACGAUAGAGUUAGUCCUCUGUGGAUAGCUUGUCGAAAUGGACAUGAUAGCACGGUACAACUGUUACUGAACAACGGGGCCGACAUCAAUUUAUGUGAAAAGAAUGGAGCCAGUCCUCUCUUUAUAGCUAGUCAAACUGGACAUGAUAGCACGGUGCAACUUUUAUUGAACAACGGGGCUGAAGUUAAUCUAUGUGAAAAAUAUGGAGCCAGUCCUCUUCAUAUAGCUUGUCAAAAUGGACAUGAAAGCACGGUACAACUGUUACUGAACAACGGUGCCAACAUCAAUUUAUGUGAGAAUGAUGGAACCAGUCCUCUUUAUAUAGCUCGUCAGAACGGACAUGACAGAGUCGCACAACUGCUAUUGAACAAUCGUGCUGACAUUAAUACUUGUAACAAGAAUGGGCACAUUGCUGAUGUUAGCUAAAAAUGGGCAUGACAGUACAAGAAUUGAUAGUUGACACAAAUUUGUCAUACAACUCGUCCAAGAAUAUCAGUAUUAUUUUACCUUCUUGUCCUUAAUCAAAGCAAAUCCGAGUAAUUUAAUUUAACCAAUGUAAUCGUUUGA